GUUUUAUUCGCCAUCUGGCAACCAUUGAUGGCGGCUUCGUGAUUUUCCCUUCCGUCGGUAGCAAGUUUCGGAGUUUUUAAAGUGGAUUUUAACGAAAUUAAUUAGUUAAGGGACUCUAAAGUAGUUUCAAAGUGAAGUUAACUAUAGUACAUUUGAUUUAGUGAUGAGAAGUGAAUAGUAAAAACGCGAAGAAUCAUUAAAAAAACAUAAGACCGGUCGGCACUUGAGUAUCUUGGAGAGUUCCCAUUUCUCGUGCCGAGUGCGAGUUUUCUCGUUCGCGCGACACCUACCCAGUGUGUCAAAUGAAAAUGGCUGACGGCGUGGAUAUUGAUUUGUAUGCAGAUGACUUAGAGCAGGAUUUUACAGUGAAGGAUGAGUUUGGCGGCGAGGGGGUGGAUUUGUAUGACGACGUGAUUGCGGCACCCGCGGACGGGUCAAGGCAGGCAGAAACAACUACGACAGCGUCUUCGCAGGCUGAGCGAUCAGAGAAUCCGGAAGCGAAUGGAGGCUAUCAUCAUAUCGGGAACAAUUUGGCGCCUAAUCAUAUCGGAAGACGACAUCAACUCUAUGUGGGCAAUUUGACUUGGUGGACCACCGAUCAAGAUAUUACGAAUGCUGUACACGAAAUUGGCGUACCUGACUUUCAAGAAGUUAAAUUCUUUGAAAAUCGUUCAAAUGGACAAUCAAAAGGUUUCUGCGUUAUAUCAUUGGGUUCCGAAUCAAGUAUGCGGUUAUGUAUGGAGCGCCUUUCUAAAAAAGAAUUGCAUGGUCAGGCGCCCGUUGUAACGUUGCCCACCAAACAAGCAUUGAAUCAAUUUGAAAGUCAACAAAAAACUCGCCCCGUGCCACCACAACAAAAUGGUCCACACGGUCCGCGUGGUCCAAUUCCGAAUAUGGGCGGUAUGCAACAGCACCCAGGAGCACCGCCACCAGGUCACCAACCACGCAUGAUGAACCCCAAUAUGCCACCUGGCCAAUUCCGGCCGCAACACAUGCCACAAAAUAUGCAAGGACCGCCAGGACCCAAUGCGGGACCACCUCGGAUGCAGCCCCCACCAAUGCAUCAGGGAGGCGGAGGACCAAUGGGACCGCAACAGCCCCCACAAGGGCCACCGAGAUACCAAAACCAAGGCCAAUGGAAUGGUCCACCGAGACCCAAUGGUCCCCCAAGGCCAGGUCCACCAAAUGGACCACCAAUGCAGCACAGGCCACAAAUGUUUCAGGGACCACCAGGUCCAGGCGGCAUGCCACCUAGAGGUCCACGACCAGAUUGGAGUCGUCCGCCUAUGCAUGGUGGAGCAUUUCCACAAGGUCCACCUGGUCCACAAGGCCCACCUCAUAUGCAAGGACCACCACGUGGUCCACCGCCACCACAAAUGGGUGGGCCAGGAGGCCCUCCAAUGGGCCCAGGUGGUCCAGCUCCUCAUGUAAAUCCAGCAUUCUUUAAUCAACCUGGUGGUCCACCCCAACAUAGUGGUGGCCCACCUAUCGGACCACCGCAUGGACCACAGGGCCCUCAACAAGGCAUGAAUAUUUCACAGCAUGGACCACCACCACCGCACUUUAAUCAACAAGGUGCUCCACGAGGUCCAUGGACUGGACCACCAACAAAACCACCUGGCUCAUUUUCAGAACAGCCUAUUGCUCCGGCCUUGACUGAGGUAGAAUUUGAAGAGAUUAUGAGUCGAAAUAGAACAGUAAGCAGCUCGGCAAUUGCAAGAGCCGUUUCAGAUGCAGCAGCUGGUGAAUAUUCUAGUGCUAUUGAAACACUAGUAACAGCGAUAUCAUUGAUUAAACAGUCCAAGGUUGCGCACGAUGAACGCUGCAAAAUUUUAAUCAGCUCCCUCCAAGAUACUCUGCACGGCAUCGAAGCUAAAAGCUACAGUAGAAGGGAACGUUCACGUUCUAGGGAUCGUUCUCACCGAUCUCGUCCCAGGCGGGAGCGAUCAUCAUCACGCUAUCGUGAACGAUCAAGGGAGCGAGAGCGCGACCGCGAGCGUGAUCGUGAAGGAGGGCGAUAUUAUUCCGACAGUUAUCGAGACAGUGGCCGAGACAGAUCCAGAAGCCGAGAGCGUGAUCGUGGUGGGGCAAAUGAUCAUUACAGGGAAGAAAGUCGAUCUGGACGACCAAGAAAAUCUCCUGAAGCAGUUCCCGAACCGGCCAGCGAACCCUCGAAGCGUGGAUAUUACGAAGAACGUUACCGAUCGUCUGAUCGAGACCGGGACCGUGAACGCGAUCGCGACCGCCGUGAAGAACAUCGUUCACGUCACUAAAAAGUUUUCAUUUCUAGUUUCUUAACCAAUAUUUACUUAUUACUUUUUUUAUAUAAAUUAACGUCAUAUUGAGUUAAUAUUAUCGAGCGGAAUAAUUUUAACAAAAGAAGUAAUUGAUGAGUUUUCCAUGGAGCGAAUUAAAAAGAAAAUCAAGUCUGUACCCAAAGAAAUUCGGGUAAAUCAACUAAGAAAUUACAAUACUUUCUUAAGUUUAGUCGGUAAUUCUUAAUUCGUAUCAGUAAUCGAAUAAAAUUUCGCUUCGGUUUUUUUUUCGAUUAAUAAAUAAUCGACUAUUUAAAGGAAAAGUUACACUUAUAAAUAAAAUAAUAUAACUUUAAUUUAAAAAUAUAAAUAACGAAUAUUCGCUGCGAGAUAUUGUUGCGGUAAGACGGCACGAAGGAGCUGCUUGCUGCUGGGAUUUCGGCGGAACGGGUCGCAUUCAGAUGCAACAACAUUGCCGAGAGAUCCUGUAACCACCUAUCAACCGAAUGGAUUCCAUGAAUUAGAAACGGCUUCAGCAGUUAAAGAAGAAUGUAUUGAAUAUUCGUAAAAGAAAAAGUUUAAAUAUAUUAAAAAGAAGAAACUGUAUUUUGUUAUUUGUGUAUUUGUCUCUUAUUUAUUUUAUUUUUUCUUAAAUUUAUUCUUCCUACGAUCUCUUAUUGUACAUAAAACGAUUCAAGAAGAUUCCAUUAUUUGCUUUCGAAUCUUCUUGAAUCACACUCACCAGUAGAAUAGAUAUUUUAUUCUUGAUUUUGUAAGAUAACACGAAUCUAAAAGUAUUAUACAGAAAUAGAAUGAAUGCAAGUUUUCUUGAAACUGAAAUUCUAAAGAAAAGUGGAAAAAAUUUCUAUUCUUGUACAUUUCCAAAGGCUGUGAACCAAAAGACUGAAUAAUUUAUAUCAUAUAAGAUGUUUUUAAAGUGCUCAUUGGUGAAUUCGAUUUUGUAAAUUUUUAUAUUGACAGCAAAGUUUGAAUUUUUUUGUAAUUUAUUAGAAUUUACCAGGGUAUUAUCUUUAUGGUAUGUGCCACAUUGUCGGCCUUCUAGUGCAAAUCUCAAAUGUCUCGCAUUUUAUUAUUGUGUGUUAAUAAUUUAAUUUUUUUACGUAUUAUUAAUUUUAUGUUGUUUCUACCCCCGUUUACUGAAUAUCAAUUUUUAUUCGUGCAAACAUUUGGCGCUUCAUUGUAAUGUCAUGUGAAGUGGUUUCCCUUAAUGCAAAAACAUGUAGCCAUUAAAAGCGCAAAUCGAACAGAUCUCCGGAACAUUGUUGAAUCUCAAAUAAUAUAGACUCGAAAUAAUUUCGAAAUAGGGACGAAUGCUGCCGAAUAGUCAUUGGUGAAUAUUCAUAAAUUUUAUGUCAUCAAUAUUCGAUUUAGAAUGAGUAAUCCUACCAGUGGCUUCUCCAUUUGUUCCCUUCUUGUCAAGACUAUACCGACUUAUCCACUUAUCGCGCUUUUGAUGGUUAAUUUCAAAUGAAAAUUGUGGCAUUGCAAUUUAAGUGAAAGCACAAUGUGCGCUACCUUGUUUUUGUAAGAAUACUGCAAAUGUUGAGCAGUAGAACAAAAUGUACACACAAUGUAAACAAAGUAAGUAUGUAAUAUUGUAUUUUGGAUAUUAUUGAAUACUGGUAUCGUUUAAAUGUAUUUAUUCUUGGCGUUUAUGUAACUUCCUGCAGUUACUAUAAAUGUAAUCUUUUUAUACACCUUAUUUAUUAUUGUCUUAAGAAUGUACAUAUUACAGUGUUGACGAGAAAAAUUAUAAACUUGCAAAUCGUCAUCAAUUGAUAUUGUUAUAUUUUCCAUAGCUCAUUAUUACUUUCAUCUGGAAAUGUUAGGAUAACAUUUGAUACAUUUAAACGAAACAUUGUAAACUAUUUACCUUAUUUAGAGAAAAUAGCUUUAGUUGAUUCGAUGUCAGAAUACUACGUACGUUAAGAUGAACUUGUGAGAUCCAAUGUAAUUUAGCGCUAGCGCAACUGUUUUACCUCUGAACUUGUUAGAAAAUGCAUGGAAAAAAUGGCACAA